CGAAGUCAUUCGGAUAGCUGAUAGGGAAGAGCACAGAAAAAAGCUUCUCUUCUCGUGGUUUUACGACAUUCCGGAGACCGGCCGCUUUAUCAUCUCCUUCCUUUCUUGCUCUUUCUCAAUCCCUCUGUGCAGCUCUACUGACUACUGACCGCAGGAUAAGAAACUGUACUCCCUAUGCACAUCUAAAACUCAGUCACACUUAUGGACUACUCUUCUACUCUCUCUACCUCCCUUCAUCCUAAGAUUUCACUCAGGCUACGAGCCGAUGAUUCUGUCAGCUCCACUUCGUGCUAUCGUGUCCACGGGUUGCUACUAUCGUUGCCCUAUGCUUCAUCGUCGUUUGCUAGUAGACGAAGAUGUUUCAGGUUCAGAAGUCUGGUUGUGAGGGCGAACGGUGGUGCGCGGCGGCCGGCUAGUGGCCGGAAAGUGUAUCGGCAGUCUCAGGGAGAGAGUGCGUUCCCUAACGCUCCGGUCCAGCAGAUUGCCUCCUUUGUUGUUCCUGCUGGGGCUUUUGUUGCCAUUACUUUUGUUAUGUGGAAAUUAGUGGAGAAAGUAAUGAUGCCAAAGCCAAAAAGGCCAGUGGUGAUGGAAAAUAAAUCUCCAUCCAAAGGAUUAAAUUGGUCUUUUGGUUCUGGAACAAAUCUAUUUCCUGGUCUUACUGCAAAGAUUGACAGAGAGGCCAAGCAAAAGCUCAAUCAAUUUUCCAAAGAACUUAGGUCAUUCAGCAUUGUUGACAUGUCAGGAUGUAAUUUUGGAGAUGAAGGACUAUUUUUCCUUGCUGAGAGCUUAGCAUACAAUCAGACUCUAGAGGAAGUUAAUUUUGCAGCAAAUGGAAUUACCGCGGAAGGAAUAAAAGCCUUCGACCGUGUUCUUCAGUCAAACAUUGUAUUAAAGACACUAAACUUGUCUGGGAACCCUAUUGGAGAUGAGGGAGCUAAGAGUUUAUGUGAUAUAUUAGUGGAUAAUAGGGGUAUUGAAAAGCUCCAGCUAAACAGUGCUGACUUGGGUGAUGAGGGUGCAAAGGCUAUUGCAGAAUUGUUAAAGAACAAUUCAAACCUGCGUGUGAUUGAACUCAACAACAACAUGAUUGAUUAUUCUGGAUUUACAAGUCUUGCUGGAGCGUUUCUGGAGAAUAGCACUGUACGAAGUAUAUAUCUCAAUGGCAAUUAUGGUGGUGCUUUGGGGGCUAAUGCUUUUGCUAAAGGACUUGAGGGAAACAAGGCAUUAAGGGAACUUCACUUGCAAGGAAAUUCUAUUGGUGAUGAAGGUGUUCGUGCCUUGAUGUCUGGUUUAUCUUCCAGUAAAGUUAAACUUACCCAUCUAGACCUUGGAAACAACUCAAUUAGUGCAAAGGGAGCUUUUCACGUUGCUGAAUAUAUCAAGAAGAGCAAGAGCUUGUUCUGGAUGAAUAUGUACAUGAAUGACAUUGGUGAUGAGGGUGCUGAAAAGAUUGCAGAUGCUCUUAAGCUGAACCAAAGCGUGACAAUUAUAGACCUGGGUGGAAAUAACAUACAUGCCAAGGGAAUCGGUGAAAUAGCUCAAGUUUUCAAAGAUAACUCUGUCAUCACAACUUUGGAAGUUGGUUAUAAUCCUAUUGGACCUGAUGGAGCCAAGGCCUUGUCUGAAGUUCUCAAGUUUCAUGGAAAGAUAAAAGCAUUAAAGCUGGGUUGGUGCCAGAUAGGACCAAAAGGUGCAGAGUACAUUGCAGAUACUUUAAAAUACAAUAACACCAUUGCGAUUCUAGACUUGAGAGGAAAUGGACUUAGAGAUGAAGGUGCAAUCUGCCUGGCUCGCAGCUUGAAAGUGGUCAAUGAAGUUCUAACUGAACUUGACUUAGGAUUCAAUGAAAUAAGAGAUGAUGGGGCUUUUGCUAUUGCUCAAGCACUUAAGGCUAAUGAAGAUGUGAAAAUUACCUCUUUAAACCUUGCAAAUAACUUCCUCACAAAAUUUGGGCAGAGUGCUCUCAGUGAUGCAAGAGAUCACGUAUUCGAGAUGAAUGAGAAGGAAGUUAAUAUUGUUUUCUAGCAGAGUUGAAUUUAUACAGUGAAAUAGUUUCCGUCAAUGUUAGAACAGGAGGAGAUAUUCUUUUUUUUUUUUUUUUUUUUUUUUUUUUUUUCAUUUUCUUGCU